GUCCGCCCGUUCCCUUACGCCGGAGACGGCUCCUCUCGCGCCGGUCAUGGCAGCAGCCACGGCGGGGUCUACCGUGAGGGUCUUCCUGGGAGCAGCCGUGGGGAAAGCUGGCGCGGUCCCUGCUGCUCCUGCUGCCGCCGCCUCGGUUCGGCUAUUCGCUGGCGGCGGCGGCUUAAAAGCAAAUCCUUAUUGCACGCUGGCUCCACGGCAGCGGCAGCAGCCCUCCGCUCCCCCUCCAGACAUGAAGGACUACCUGUGGAAGCGCUAUAACGAGGCCAAAAAAGUGACGAAAGAUUUAGUCCCUUCAAUCAUGAGUAACUUGCUGAACCCAGAUGCUAUCUUUUCCAACAAUGAAAUGAGCCUCUCAGACAUAGAAAUCUAUGGGUUUGAUUAUGACUACACAUUGGUCUUCUACUCCAAGCAUUUGCACACACUGAUCUUUAAUGCUGCCCGGGAUCUUUUGAUCAACGAGCAUCGGUAUCCUGCAGAAAUCCAGAAGUAUGACUAUGAUCCAAAUUUUGCUAUAAGAGGCCUUCAUUAUGAUGUGCAUCGGGCAUUAUUGAUGAAGAUAGAUGCUUUCCAUUAUAUUCAGUUAGGAACAGUGUACAGAGGACUGAGUGUCGUUCCGGAUGAUGAAGUCAUUGCCAUGUACGAUGGGUCUCAUGUCCCCUUGGAACAAAUGAGUGAUUUCUAUGGAAAGAGUUCACAAGGCAACACCAUGAAGCAGUUCAUGGAUAUCUUCUCCUUGCCUGAGAUGACACUCUUAUCUUGUGUAAAUGAGUAUUUCUUGAAAAACAACAUAGACUAUGAGCCAGUUCAUCUCUACAAAGAUGUGAAGGACUCGAUCAGAGAUGUCCACACCAAAGGAAUAAUGUAUCGAGCAAUUGAAGCAGAUAUUGAGAAAUAUAUUUGCUAUGCUGAACAGACGCGUGCUGUGCUUGCAAAGCUGGCGAAUCAGGGCAAGAAGAUGUUCCUCAUUACGAACAGUCCCAGCAGCUUUGUGGAUAGAGGUAUGAAGUUUAUUGUUGGGAAAGACUGGAGGGAUCUCUUUGAUGUUGUCAUUGUCCAGGCUGACAAGCCAAACUUCUUCAAUGAUAAACGAAGACCUUUUCGCAAAGUGAAUGAAAGAGGGGUUUUACUUUGGGACAAAAUUCAUGAGCUGCAGAAAGGCCAGAUCUACAAGCAGGGUAACUUGUAUGAGUUUUUGAAACUGACUGGCUGGAGGGGUUCCAAAGUCUUGUAUUUUGGUGAUCAUAUUUACAGUGAUCUAGCAGACUUGACCUUAAAGCAUGGCUGGAGAACAGGUGCUAUUAUUCCAGAGCUACGAACAGAGAUUAAGAUCAUGAACACAGAACAGUAUAUUCAGACCAUGACCUGGCUGCAAACCCUCACUGGAUUACUGGAACACAUGCAGAUUCACAGGGAUCCUGAUUCACAGCUGAUUUUACAUGAGUGGAAAAAGGAAAGAAAGGAAAUGAGAGAAAUGACCAGAAAUUUCUUCAACUCUCAGUUUGGAAGCUUAUUCAGGACAGACCAGAACCCAACUUAUUUCUUAAGGCGCUUGUCUCGCUUCGCAGAUAUAUACAUGGCAUCGUUGAGUUGUCUGUUGAACUAUGGCCAUGACUACACAUUUUAUCCGAGGAGGACUCCUUUGCAGCAUGAACUCCCAACGUGGUCAGACCAGCUGUGCACUGGUACAUUCAGAAUACCAUUUCUGCAGGAGAUGAUUCAGAUCAAAUAAGUUGUCUUCUUCCCUCACACUGCUUUUUAUAAGUCAAGCCUACUAUCCCCUGCCCUUGGUUCAGUAAACUCUAUUUACUGUAACAUGACCGUAUCUUUAUAAGCACGCAUCUCUUCAGUAAUAGCUGUAACAAUGCUUAUUGUAAGUGGCUGUAGAGCAAAUAGGUUCAUCUAGCUGGUCUCUCUUUGCUUCAAGUGAGAACUGAUGAGAUUAAUGAUUGCACUGAGAGGAAACAAAUCUCUCCUGCCAGCUGAAUAUUUUGCUGGAAGGGAAGAUGGUUUGGACACAAAUCAGAACUUUAAAAAUCUCCAGCCAUGUUGCUUAUAUUUCUCUUGUGUCCUCUAAUAGGAAAGUAUUGACCGAGAUUUUAAAUCCUGAUUCAUUUAGCACAAUGUGUAACUAGAUCUCUGCUAGAUAUGGGAGAACAUGUAAAACUUCCAAGAGCUUUUCAAAGCAUGCGGGGAAACAUUUGUCCUUGUUUCCACUCCCCCCCCCCCCCCGCAACCUUCCUUUCAGGUGAGGAAGCAGAUCUGAGAAGAAAGUGUACUGAUAUGGAAUACUCAUCAGCACCAAAUUUUAUUUACUCCAAGACUCUUGAAUGUAUUUUUCCCAAAUGGCAGGGAAGGCCUGUAUGAAGAUGCACACCAGAAAGGGUGGCUCUGGUUUUAGUUGCAUGUAUUUGAUGUAGAUGGGAUAUACUUGUCCAUCUGGAACCACUAGUUGCUAUGCAACUAAUCGAACACAAGCUAGAUUGGGGUUAAGGUGUAUUACUUGGCAGAGUGUUUUGUACAUAUGUGAAGUAACAGCCAUGUUUUAGUUUGUAUUUAAACAGCAAUUGCAGGUAUAAACAGUGCCGCAAAGUGAGUUACAAUCUGCCAUACUCGGGUGUACAUGAAUAUAAUAAUGGCUUGCCAGUUGCCAAAAAAGAAUUUGGUAUGAUGCUAUACAGAAAGAAAGUAUACAUUAUUCAGGCUAGCAAAUAAUGGGUUGGAUCCAGGAAUUGUCUCCUCUUUAGAAUUUUUAGGGGCAUGGAGGGGGUGCAAUGCGGAGGAGGUGGGGAAGUCUGCUUCUGGCAACCCAGAUGAAUGGGAUUAAUCCAUCCCAUUAUAUAGAAAAUUACACAGAAACAGAAGUAAUAUGUCUGUGUCUAGUUAAGGACUAGUAGUACAUAUGGAUUUUCAAGGCAGCAUUAACAGUGCUGGGCACUGUACUAGUAUAACAUAAUUGUAAGUCAGGAGUUGUAAUGCACUAUGGAAUCAUUGCUGUGGAAUUACAGAUAUUUUAGGUGUUUAAUACUCAGUUUACACUCUGUACCUGCUUACUUGGGAACUAGCCCCAUUGAAUGUAUUAGGACUUACUUCUGAUCAGAUAUGUAUGGGAUUGCAGUGCAAAUUUUUAAAUGUGCCUUCAUAGUGUAUACUUAGCAGGAAGGGAGAAAUAAGAAACUCAAAUUUAAGGAAGCAUUUAGUUUUUCUCCAAGUUGCCACACCUGGUUAUAACCCCCUCCCAUUGCUGAUCUUCCCUGUUCCUCACGUAGUCUGUGCUCUUCUAAUGUGUACAGUUAAAUGUGACAUAGUUCAUUCCUUUUAUUCUGAAAUAAGUCCCAUUGUAUUCAGUGGAGCUGAUUACCAGAAAAGGUUGUUUGGGAUAUAGGCACUAACUUUUUUCCUUGAUGGUGCCCGUUAUAUUAACUUGUUAUAUGCAAUAUGAAGAUAUUGAGUUCCCCUUCCAGGUACUGCAUUCCUGCCCCUUCUUCACAGGCUAUAAAUUACCUUAAUAUUUGGUCUGGGUGUAGAAGGGAGCUUUUAUUAAGUCUUUCACAUAUGAAAAAUUCCACACUGCGUGUAUGCUUAACAUGAAACAUCUGUACAGCGGUGACUUUGAUCCAAGAUGCCCCUCUGCGAACAGAAGGCCUGUUCUAUUCCAUUUCCAAUCUAGAUCUGUUAUAUGAAUGAAGUAAUUUGAAGUCCAGGCAAAGCCUUUUAUUUUCUGCAGGAUUCUGUAUAAUCUUUUCUCAAGACUCUUUUAAUGACCCACUGAAAUUUGUAUACCAUUAUCUGCAGCUUCCCUUUCUGCCAUACUUCUGUUGCUGUAACAACCUGAUACCUUGUGAACAUUGCAUUGAGAUGGCUUGUAUUACCCUGUUUCCCCAGAAAUAAGACCUAACCAGAAAACCUAGCAUGAUUUUUCAGGAUGCUCGUAUUAUAAG